GAAGAAUGAAAAAUACAGACACUAGAAAAAGUACAGUGGCAAAAAACCCUACAAAUUUUUUUGAACAAGUUCAACAAGUUCUCAGGCUUUCAAAAAUCUGACAAAGACUUUCAAAAAUAUUUACAUAACAUCAAUUUAAUUUGAUAUGGAAAAUAUCUGCCCGAUUAAACCACCCUACAAAGCUUUAAUACUCGCUGAGGCCUACGAACAUAAAUCAGUCUUUCGCCCAGCCUUGAACAUUUAUCAGUCUUUGGUGAAAAAAUCUGAAAUUUCACUUCGUGUCAAAAUAAAUCUUGGAAAUGUUCAUUUCAAGCUUGAAAACUAUCCAUUGGCAAUUAAAUAUUAUAAAAUGGCAUUGGAUCAAGUUGGACAGAAUAAAAAAGAAAUUUACUCAAAAAUUAUGCAUAACAUUGGUUUGGCAUUGGUACAGCAGAAACUCUAUUCAGAAGCUGCUUUUGUUUUUGGUUACAUUGUGAAAGAGAAUCCUGAUUUUAAAGCUUAUUUGCAUUUGAUUCUUUGUUGGGUGGCUUUGAAGAAGACUUCGAAAAUUCGUAGAUAUUUCACUGAUAUUUUUAGUCUACCAAAACUUGAUAAAAUUCAAGAAAUCGAAAAAUUGAUUUUUCUAAUUUCGCCUCUUUUGGAUGAUAUCGAAGAAGAUGGAUUCAAUUGGUGCUUAGAUGUCAUUCGAAUAACAGACUAUGCUUGGAUGUCAGAUAAUUUAGAAAUUGCUCGAAUAGUUCGACAAAUGAGAAAAGGCAAUUUGGAAGAACCUAUUAAAUUUCUAGACAAAUUCGAAUUGAAUGUUCAAAAUUUGACAGAAAAUUCUAAAAUUAAUUUAAGUUUUGUUUACUUGCAUUUGAAAAAGUAUCAACAAGUCGAAGAUUUACUGAAAGGUUGUAGAAAACCAAAAGCAUACAAUAAUUAUGGAGUUUUAAAAUUCUUACAAAACGACUAUAAUGCAGCUAAAAAAGCUUUUCAAACAGCUGCUGAAUCAAAUGAAAAGAUCUAUGAAUCAAAAUACAAUUUGAUUUUAGUCGAUAAGAAGUUGAAAGACUUGAAAAAGUCUCAAGAAUUAUGUGAAACUUUGCUAAAACAAUAUCCAUUUCCAUGCAAUUUGAUGGUAAAGUAUCAAAUGUUGAUUGUGAAUGAAGAAUCGAAAUCGAUUUUUGAAAAUUUAAAGUCUACUUUGGAGAUUUUUGGACUAUCAAAUGUUAAUGAUCCUGGGAUUUUACGAAAAAUUGCUGAAUUUUAUAAAAAUCUUUCAAAUUACAAAAUGGCAAAGUGGUUUGAUGAAGAAGCUUUGGCUAUCAAUCCUCUGUUAUAGUCUUUUGUUAGAAUAAAAAGUGCCAAUAUUGGAAACGAAAAUAUUAUGAAAAAUUAAAUUUUGUCUUUGAAAGUUUAAGAAA